AUGGCUGUGAAAAUCGCAACACACUUAGAUGACCCUGUGAAGCCUGCUGUUUCGAUAACAGAGCUUGAGGUGAAGGAGCUCACAAUGGCAGUUUCGCAAACCCCACUAUCGGACGACUCGACCCUAGGCGACUCUACCAUCAGCGAACGGUCCGAUGUUGAGGACUCGACCACAGACAAGCUCGCGCAAGAGACCCAGUCCGCUGGAGUAUACGGUCGUCAUCCAAUACACGACGGCUCGCAGAGACCGCUGCAUGUGUUGAUCGCUGGCGCCGGUCCCUCAGGCCUGUCCGUUGCCAUGGAACUGAAGGGAUUGCCAAACAUCACCUUUCAGAUUUUUGAGAAGAACGCAGACGUCGGCGGCACAUGGUUCGAGAACAGAUACCCGGGCGCAGCCUGCGAUGUGGCGAGCCACGCCUACCAGUGGUCUUCUCAUUCGAACCCAAAUUGGAGUCACCAUUUCGCCCCAGCCGAAGAAAUAGGCGAGUACAUCAAGACUGUUGCAAUCAAAGAGUCGCUAUACGAGUACAUCACGCUGAAGAGCAGAGUUGUGGAUGCUCAGUGGAUGGAUCAGAGGUCCAAGUGGGUGAUACAGAUCGAAGAUCAGGUCUCGCAGGAGACCUCUUUCCAAGAAUGCGACUUGUUCGUCAAUGCUGGUGGGAUUCUGAAUAAUUGGAGAUGGCCCGACAUCCCCGGCCUUCGAUCAUAUAAGGGCGAGCUUCUGCACUCGGCGUCCUGGAACCCCCAGGUCGAUAUGCGAGGCCGUAGUGUUGGUGUCAUAGGAUCCGGAGCAUCCUCGAUUCAGAUCGUUCCUUCGAUCCAGAAGAUUGCUGAAUCACUCGAGGUCUUCGUCCGCAGCCCAACUUACAUCUUACCAACGGUCGGCUUCGGCAUAGAGUCGUCGAUCUACAAUGAAUGUUAUACCAAGUCGCAGAAGGAGCAGUUCGCCAGUGAUGCAGCCAUGUACCGGGCUUUCCGGAAACGGAUCGAACAGCAAAUGAACGAGAACUUCGCCGGACAGCGGAAGGACUCCGCAGAGCAGGAUGCGGGACGCCGUUGGGCUGAGAAUGUGAUGCGCGAAGCACUUGCAUCUUCACCUGAGUUGCAGGAGAAACUCAUUCCUAAGUGGGAGCUCGGUUGUCGUCGGCCAACGCCUGGGAAGCCAUAUCUGGAGGCAGUGCAACAGAAAAAUGUCCAUGUUGAGCGUGUUCCAAUUGAGUCCAUCUGCGAAAGUGGCAUAUUGACGACGGACGGAAAGAUGCACAAACUCGAUGUGCUCGUUUGUGCGACUGGCUUCGACACAUCUUUCCACGGCAGAUAUAGGAUAGCUGGGAGAGGUGGUCGGACUCUCAAAGAGUUGUGGUCGCAAAGCGGUCCAGAGGCGUAUUUUGGCUUGACGGUUGCUGGACUUCCUAAUUAUUUCACAUUGCUUGGUCCGAACUGUCCUAUCGCCAAUGGCUCGUUAUUCCCUUGUAUUGAAGCAACUGCCAAAUACAUUCGCAGGGCGAUCCAGAAGAUGCAGCAAUGCCAGAUACGAACAUUGGAGGUGAAAUCGGGCGUGCAGCGUCAGCUUAAUGACUACAUGCACAGAGUGCAUCAAGAUCUUGUCUGGACUGGUAACUGCAAGAGCUGGUGUGAGUAG